CGCUACGCACGGAGUCGCUUGAGGAGGUCCGAUAAAUGUAACUUUGAAAUUUUCAAACUGUGCUGAUCCAUGCGAGGCAAUUCGUCGGUUUUUUCUGUAGGUUUUUUGUUUGGUCGCCGUGCUUUUUUGGUUUCGUAGAGGAGACGCACUUGCGAAGAUAAAAUCGGAAAUUAAAUAAAACUGGUGACGUGGAUGUGUACGGUUCAUUUAUUGCAUUCACCGAAAGGGUGGCGGUUGGUAAUGUUGUGCGUUGAUGCCUUUAUUGGCCGACGACACCGCCUGUGAUGCGACUGCUCACGUGGAACUCCCUCAUCAUGUUCGACAUCGUGUUCGUGUUCUUCUUGUUCCUGGUGGGGGUCACAUGCUUGGUGUACUACCUGCCGGGGAGACGACCCGAACCGGAGGAUCGGCCCCUGCAGUGCUACGUGACUGUUACCUCGGCGGACGUGCAAGGAUCGCCUGUUGAUCACGUCUAGAAAAUGGCCACAUGUCAAGGUCUCGCAUUAAAGAAGUUCGUCUUCAUGGAGGUCCAAGUUUGGGAGAACUCUUGACGGCGCGUCCCUCGGGCCUCACCGAGCCCGAGUGUUGGGCUAUUUUGUGUCAAGCUGUUCAAGCGCUGCAAGAUUUAUUCUUAUCUGAUGGCGCCUCAGGUGAUUCGUGCAUUCCUCUGGUAACACCGUCUACCCUCAUGCUUUCAUCCAGGGGAAGAGUGAAACUAUGUCAGAGCAGCACAGUAUUUGGAUGUGGUCCCCCAGCGCACCUGGCAGGGUAUUUAGCCCCUGAAUACAGGCCUAACAAACAGUGCACAGACACGGAGACGGAAAAGAUGUGGAUUUUUGCCUUAGGAGAGACGCUGAAAAGAGUUACUUUGACUUGCCACGCUGCAACUUUGCGACUGAGCAAUGACUUGUACCAAGUUUUGAUGGACAUGACGAAAGUGCACGUGUCCGGACGAGCUUCUUUGAUGUACCUUCUAGAGGUUAUUUCCGACUACUGUAAACGUCGUCAACAAAACCGCCCCUUUUCCCACAUCGUUAUGGAUUUACAUCAAGAGGCAAUGGCAGCUGUUGAAUUGGCCUUAGAUACACCUUGGGGACCCCCCGCGAUGCCCGAAUUACGUCCCAGAACCAGAAACAGAAGCGAAUCCAACCCCGAGGGCCUCGGCACCAUCCCCAGGCGCUGGAUCAACCUGACCCGGACCUACGAGUCCAUCCCCAAGCUGACCAAGGAGGCCAGCACCAGCAUGGAGGACCUCUCCUUCGGGGUGUCCAGCGCGCCCGGCAGCGUCGUGCGCCCCAAGUCCAUGUGCGUGCCCGACACGCGCUACUUUGACUUUCACUACGGUUCGGGUUCGAACGUUGCGAAAAGUGCGGGCGACGGCGACGACGGCCACAGGCGCCUGCGGGUGCGGAGGAACCCGGUGCAGAGGGCGGCGUCGAGGCUGUACCGGGCGAACGUCACUCUGCCGGUUGACAGCUCCAGGGAGUGCGUGGGACCCGAGUUCGUGGUGAGGGCGUCGCUGCCCAGUAAGCAGAUUUGCAUGCCCGACUUCAAAGGGCAAGCCAAGAAGCACGUCAUCGUUAUUAUGUUGAAUGGACAAAAACUGGAUGUCCUGUGCAAUCCGAAUUCCACAACGGCGGGUCAACUGUUUGAGGCCAUCAUUCAAAAAGAGCACAUCGAGGAAAACUUCAUGCUAGGCCUCUCGGCGCUGAUAGCCGGCGAUUUUGUGUUUUUACCGUCGGACACCAGAAUCUGCAAGGCUGUGCAAUCUAACAGUUCCCAAAAUGCCGCCCUCACACUGUUCAUGAGGGUGCGCUUCUUUUUGCCGAGUCUUCGGGGCAUUAGAGGACCGCAGGCCCGCCAUUUGCUCUACCUUCAGCUAAGAAGGUCGAUUUUAGAACACCAAUUACCGUGCUCGUUCUCGCAACUAAUCGAGCUGGAUGGACUCGCUCUGCAAGCCGAGUUUGGAGACUACAGUGAAAGGGAACAUGGAUCUAGAGAUUAUUUUCUUCUGGAACAUUAUGUUCCUGAAACAAUGUCUUGUGCAGUGGAUGACCAGUACAGUUUGAGACAAGGACUUAUCCGAUCUCAUAUUUCUAAAAGUGGACUAAGUGGGGAGAAGGCCGAACAAGACUUUAUUAUUCUUGCACAGAGCCUCCCACACUAUGGAGGACAUUUUUACACAGCAACUUGGAUGCUAAAAGACAAUAAUCAUAAAGACGUUUGGCUGUACAUUAGCGCCCAAGGGAUCAACCUUUACGAACGAGACAGAUCAUCAAGCAACUGUGGACCACAACUAUACGAAAUGUUUGAAUGGAGAAGCAUUCAAACUUUGUGCUACAGCAAACAGUACUUAUGUAUACUUCCACAUUCCAAAACCCUGCACUCGUCAAAACUAAAAAAGUACAAGUUAAAAAUGGACCAUAAGAAGAGUUACUUUACGUUUCGUUUAGCUUCGUUGCACCAUCAGUUCUUCUUGCGCCUCCGCACCGAGUACACUUCUCUCCAGACCCUGUCCCAGCAGUUCGGCAUUCCUUUGAAAGACAUGAAAAACGAAACAAAUUCCUUAUGUAAAUUGGAAGCUCUGACGAACCCCCGCUACGUGGCUCUAGACCAAGCCACCGUAAACGCGGAAACUGAAUUUAAGAUCGAUUUUCGCGCAUCUUCCAAAUGCAGCAACAAAACGACGAACGAAACCAAAUGUAGAAAAGCGAAGAGUGUUAACGAUUUCGCGGCAAUCAACUACGACGAAAUCAACGAAGACUACCAAAAUAAAGAAAACGAACACCCUGCGGAGAGAAAGAGUUCCGGAUUGGUUCUAGAUAGUUGCUAUUUGUCGGGUUUGGGUAAUAACAUCACGAGCGAUAAGCGAAGAGGUGUGAAAAUGGGGACUCGAGUGUUCAGUAAUCUCGGACGCGUCUCGCGAUCGAUGGAAGCGGUCAAUGCGGCGAGUCACGAAUACCUCGAAGAGAUGUCGCUGCAGUCGGUGUCUUUGCACUGUAGCUCGACUUCGAUUUCUCGGUCGCCUACCAAUGAAAGGGUUCCUUCAAAUGAGGCCUACAUUAUAGAUUCCUCGGUAAAAUCUUGCGGAAAUCAGUUUCUACCGGACUUCCAAGAGAGCAUCAGCGACACUCUAUUGGAAAAGUUCAACAAUAUUUCCUUCGCUGAAGAACGUAUUCUGUCGAAUGUUGCGGUAAAGCGAGACGGUAAAGGUAGUUUGGGCAUUCAGAUCACAGAGGGCUCUGACGGUAACGUCUACAUCCAGUCGGUAAUUCUGGGAGGACCGGCACACUUAACAGGAAAUAUUUUAAGCGGCGACCAAGUAGUGGCCGUCGAUGGUCGCAGUCUCCUCGGAAUGAAAUACAAAAACGCUUUAAACUUACUAACGAAUACAGGGCAGAAAGUCGAUUUUGUGUUGUCGAGGGUGGCGCCAUCUAAACGCAACUCCCACACACAAUCAACUCUGAAGCUUGGUGAUACAGAGCAAUUAAAAAGUAAAAUGAAUUUAUCAAACAUAAAUGAGUCACAUUUAAAAACGUUAAGGUUAGAAAAUACGAUGAACAAACUAAAACGCUUAUCAUAUCCUAAUAAUAAUACGAGUUCGUCUAGUGUACAAAGGGUUUUAUACAGCGACAAGGUUGGCAGUCCUGUGGAGAAGCACGUGACUGAAAGUUGUCUCGAUAUUUCUAAUUUUCAUAAAUACGGAGCUAACACUAACACAUCAACGGAAGUACCAUAUCAUAAACAUAUCCGCUACGAAAUUGAAUCUGAAACCGAAAACUUGAUGUCUAAAAAGACCUUGCCUCUAUGUAAUUCUAGUGGUUCGACGUUGAACAAAAAUAUUUCAAAAUCGUGCAAUCAAAUUUAUUCGAACGAGGCGUUUGACAAGGCUGUUGUGGUUGAUAUGAUACCAAAGAGGGAAAUCGAUGCGAAUUUUAGGUCACUCGAUCGGAAAAUUCUGAACUGUUCAAGUCAGGAGGAUAAUUCACAGCAGAAAUCUACUAUACCGCCUAUAGCACUACCUCGAAGUCUAGGCCUGAGCAGGAAGUGGAGGGGGCCUGUGAGGUAUCCUGUAACACCAGUCAAAAAAACGAUAGAUAGAAGCGAUAAUUACUUUUCCAAUUCCGAGGAUGAACAAGUAUUUAUUUAAUUGUACACAGUGUACGUUUUGUACCUGAAUUAAUGAUAAAUGGGCUUUAGAUUUGGAUCCGCGUUCGUGUUUUACUUAUCUGAAUUCACCAGAUUUGAAGCCCACUUUAACAUUGUGAAUGAAUGUGUUGCUUUCGGAAAUGGGACGCUAGGUGGACAGUAGAUUCAAUUUUCGAUGCUCAGGCGGCAGUACACAAAGUUUUGUUACAUAGAAUAAAGUGGAAUAAGAUGUUCUCAUCAAGAAUUACAGUUUGUAGGAUCAUUAAGUGCCAUAUGGAACAACAACGUCAAAGUGACAUUCCAUAAAUUUGAAGGUUAUUCCUUUUGUUACUAAACCCCAAUUACACUCACCCAAUUGUAAUAAUUAGCACUGAGAAUUGAACACAUUGGUGUAAUCUUAAAAUAAAUACAUUUUGUAUUCUUGAAAACUGUACUGUUCUUGUAACUACAAAAGUAUUACUAUUACUUUUUUCAAAAAAUAUUCCGUCUGUGAAGUACCUUUAGAAAAAAAAUAUUCACACGUAUUCUAUGCCAAUAGAGUUUAAAUGUUUUAUAUGGGAAUUAUAUCCACAGUACAGUUCAUAAUAAACAAAAUAUCUGACCACACCUCCUGGUGUAAAUUUUCCAAAUUUCGUGGGUGUAAACGUGGUUUAGUAAGAAAGUGACUAAUUUGUCGUCACAUUUGACGUUUCACCGUCCGAUACUGUACCCACUUUAUAUAUUGUUCAUAUUUUUCUAAUUGAGAAUUAACGACUAACUUCAUUUUUAUCACGAUUACCUGUGCAGAGAAAAAAACAAAAACUAGAACAGGAUAGAUACGGUUGUGUUCAAUAAAAAUGGGAAAUUUUAAAAGAAAAUCUGUCAUUUUUAGUAAUUUUUCCACAAUUUUAAAACGGCUUUUUAGAUUUUAGGUUAGAAAAUUGAACGAUUGCUUUUGAAAUAUCAGUUUUACAAACAAAUAGGUUAAUUUAUAUGAGGUUGGACAGGCGUCAACCUGAUAAUUGCCUACUUGACAAAUAAAUGACAAACAAAAGUCAAUAGUAGACCGUGCGAUUUAUUUUUCUAUACAACAUCGGUUUGACUGUCAAAUAAAAGGUCGAGUAACUGCAGUACCAACAUAAUUAUUUUUAAAAUAAAUUGCACGGCUUACUAGACGAGUUUUUUCGGUCGAAUACUUGCUAAGACAAGAUUGACUUUGGCAAAUGAUUUACCUUCUAAGAAAAUGGAGGGUGGGUGG